AUGAACACAACGAGUGACCGCGAAGCCACGAACGGCCAAGAAGCCUUCAACAUAAACACAACGAGCGACCAACAAGAAACGGAAAUCCAUCAAGGGACGGAGAGCCAAGAAAGGGUGAACAGCCAAGAAACAACGCACGUCCAAGAAACAACAGACGUCCAAGCAACAACGAAUGUCCAAGAAGGGAUGAGCGUCCAAGAAGCAACGGAUGCCCAAGAAACAACGGACGUCCAAGCAGCAACGAAUGUCCAAGGAGGGAUGAACGACCAAGAACCAGCGGACGUUCAAGAAACAACAGAUGUCGAAGAAUCAACGAACACCCCAGAAGCAAUGGACGUCCAAGAAGCAACCAACGACCAAGAAGGGACGGUACUUCACUCAUUGUGCGGUCGUACGGUUGUCCGACUCGGUGAUAACCUCGUUGUGAAGUCGGGCCACCUCCGCCCUCAGGAAGGGGAAGCACUUCGUUUCAUUGCUGCAAAUACAACGAUCCCUGUACCUAAGGUGCACGAUAUUCGCUGGAAAGACGGCAAAGUCGUCGCUCUCGUGAUGGACUACAUUCCUGGCAAGCGACUUGAUGAAGCAUGGAAGACUUUGGACUCCAGUCAGAAGCUCUCCAUUGCCAAAGAGCUGCGCUCCUACAUGAACCAACUUCGCGAACUGAAAGGUGACUAUAUCGGGGCUGUUGGUCGCGGCAAAGCUAUCUCGAGAAAUAUUUCAUGCAUCGAAGGAGGACCAUUUGAUACCGAGCAGGAAUUCAACGAAUUCAUUCUAGGAGAUAUAGUCGAUAUAGCGCCAGAUGUGCUACGACAUUAUGCCAAAUUCGCGCUGAUGGAUAACCAUGAGAUUGUCUUUACUCAUUCUGAUUUUGCCCCGCGGAAUAUUCUUGUUGAAGACGGCCGGGUGACAGGUAUUAUUGACUGGGAAUAUGCUGGCUGGUAUCCGGCAUACUGGGAAUAUUACCUGGCACUUCGGCACCUGAGACCGAUGUAUGACUGGCCAGAAUAUAUGGCCAUUAUUCUUCCUCCCAAAUUUGAGAGAGAAUACAUAGGCAUGAAUUUCUUAUCUCGCAUGUUAAGUCACUAG